ACCAUUUGGCUCCUUUGUGUCACUGAAGCUGUAACGGCUAAUGCUUUGAAAGCUAGGACGUGAUCGUAAGUUAAAGGUUGCGGUUUAUAUUUUUAAGGUUUUUUUUCCGCGCCGUGGUGCCCAGAUGUGUCUACUAUGCCGAGUUAGCUCACGUUAGCUAGCAACAGCAGUCUAAUGGUUUACAUACGUUCUUGCUAGCUAAUCUGUCGCUGUUGCCGUUUAGCUAGCUUAUUAUUGGGUAGUCAUUAAUGCUCUCUACCUAGAGCCAAUUUAAUGAAAUAGUAACGUUACAAGCCUGUCAGUAAGCAUAUCGUUUACGUUAUAGCUACUCUGCCUGGACCGUAGCGAUAGCGAUUAAGCUAGUCUCCUCACAUCAUAUUCACUGUUACCAGUUAGCUGGGUUUAAUCAAACACAGCUAGUUUAGUUUUAGUCCUUUUGCAACUAGCGGUUAACCAGUUAACUUUAACAGAAUAAGUGGUGGAAAAGGCUGUCGUUGUCUGGUGUCACUGUAUGUGUAUUUUCUGUCACUACCUGAUACACUUGUCUGUGUUUACUUGGGGUCAUCAACUUGUCUAACAUUAGCUAGCCGACGUUAAAUAUACAACAAACUUCUAACUAGUUAGGUCACACAUUUCUGGUUGCUGGCUUAAACUGAUGACUCGCCAACAGCAAUGUCCCACCUCUUUGACAGACUCCGGUGCAGGUACUGCAAAUGUGUCACGUUUCAUUUGCUAACAAGGUUUUAGUGAGUUUACCUAAUUUAUAUGUAAACAUAACCUGAAGGUUUAUCAUUUCAUGUUAUUUUUCUGGGGGGCUAAGUUCCUGGCUGUAGCUCUGCUGCCCCAUUCAUUUUAGUGGCCUCUAACAGGACGGGGGUUGGCAGACUUCCCUUCUCCGUUUGUCCCUUCUUCUGUGUUUCAUUAUUUAUGGUCCCCUGUGGAAUAGAGCACAGACAAAAAGAGGAGAGAAUGGAUGAUUGUAUGGACGGAUGUCUCUGCGGGAGAGGGACGCUACAGGAUACUUUAGAUUGAAAGAAACAUCCACAAAGCAUGAGGAAUUGUAUGACAGGCUUGAAGAAGGGCUUGUCUAAUAGACAGCACAAACCUUCAGGCUGAAAGGUCACACAUUGUAACGUUUGUACCAGAUGGAUCAUGGUGGUCAGUUUGAGAGGGAGGGCAGAGUAAUGUCUCAGGUUCAGGUGGGUGAGGUUGACCACUGCGAUAAUCUAUCCAGCCCUGAGACUCUCACUGCCCAAACUCAAAAUCUCAAUGAGACAAAUAUGCUCACAAAGACUGAGAGUCUCUCUCUGUUGCAAAAAGAAGAUGGAGGGGGGUGUGACCUCAUCCAGAAAGCUUCUCCCAGUGACAAUGGGAAGGACACGGUGGAGAAACAGGAAAAGGAGGGAUAUAUGGAAGGAGGCAGAGAGGAUGAUGAAGAAGACAUUGAUGAGGUCAUGAAGGAAGAAGAAGAAGAGGAGGAGGAAAUUUCAGAGGCAUCAAGCUCUCUACUUCGCUGUCAGUCUCCAGACACUCCCAUGACAGAUUCCUCCUACUCAGAAACUGGGAGUUUGUUGGAGACUCCAUAUCCUUUCAGCCCUGCAACCAGUCCAGAGCCUACAUCCCCUGUCAUUCCAGUGGUCGGUCCAGAAGUUGCAUAUCCCAUCAGUGAAGUGGCGCUGAGCCAGAGUGAUGUCAAAGUGGGGACUCGUGCCUCCAGCAAUGAAUCAGUUGCCUCAAACACAGGGUCUAUUACACUGGGUCCCACCUUCACCACAGGGCUUGUAGAUUCUGCCACACUUACUAUGAUUUCUGAUUUAAGGCAUACUAGCCCACCUGUGCCUACAUGUAUCAGAGAAACUACAGAAAGGAUUGCAAAAAAUGCUAACUUAACUGCAGAACAUUUUACCUCAUCCACAGAGCCCAUCUUCAACCAUGGGCUCACAUGCACCAGAGGGUUUUCCAGUUUAUAUGCACCACCUAUCACCUCAACUGCAGAGACCUUUACAGUAACUGCUUGUGCCACAAGGCUCAAUACUUCCAUCGCUUCCACUCCUAUGAGUGCAACAACAGGACCCCUUACCUUCACCGCAGGGCCUAUGACAACUGGCACAGACUCCACUUCCACCACAGGACCUAUAACCUCAGAUUGGAAACAAAUUACCUCCACUCCACUGCCCACUUGUUUCUCAGUCUCCACCUGCACCACAGGACCUAUUCCAAGUCCUGCUCUGCUGGAGUCUCUUGAGCAGUUGGCACAAAGAGGAGAUGACACCCACCUUCCACAGUACCUUCACCAGAUUGCUGAGGCCUUUGUCCUUCAUGAAGACUACCAGCGGGCAUUAUGGUGCAUCAAGCUAGAGAGACUCUACCACCAGAGACUAUUGGAAAACCUGAAUGCACUACAAGAGCAGUGGGAGCGUCAGUGCAGAACGACUUCCCCUGACCUGGCAACUCAGCAUCUGGACACUCUUAAACACAUCUGCCAGACGCACAAUCGACCAAGAGCUGAAGAUGCUGUGUGGGCAUCUCUGGAUGUUCUGAGGCCUACAAUAGAAGAAGGUGGUGCACUGCCUCCAUGUGCCUCAGCCCGUCAGGUUGAUGGAGAGAGAGCCGAAGACUCCUGCCAUUUUCAGAGCAGCCAUCCAGUCAUACCCUCCAUUAAUUUAGUUGAUAGGCUCAGUUCCCCUGAGAUCUCAGAGAAGGACAGGGAAGACCCAGACAGAGAAUUAAAGGAGAGGGAUGGUUUAAAUGGAUCUCAGCUGACUGACAGGCAGGGCAGUGACAGGGAAGAGGGAGAGAAGGAAGGAGGGGAAGGACACGCCAUUUCAGUCAUAAGAAAUGAACUGCACCCCUCUACAGCUGGAGAAAUGGAUCAGCCCAAGCCCGCAGAGCAGCAGGGAGGAGACUUUGGUCUAGCACAGGAAAGGGAGGCAAAUAGGGAAGAAGGAGAAACGGACAAGGAGGAGACAGCUGAGGCUUUGGAGAUGGAAGAUGAGGGAGAGGACGAAGAGGAGGAGAGAUUGAAGGAAGGACACUCUUCUUUUUGUCAGAAAGCUCUCCCAGUGGAGACUCUAGUUAGUGGGGCAGAGGUGGAGACACAACAGCUGCAGCAGGAAGCCCUAGCUGAGGAGCAGCUACAUGAGGAGACCCAGGAGGCCCAGCUUCUUCAAGAGGCUCCUAUGAAGCAGCAGGAUCAGGGUGAGGAGGAGGAAGAGGAGGAGGACGAGUAUGAAUUAGAACAGGCUGACCUCAUCAGAGAAGCUGCCUCGCUGGACAAUAUGGCUAAACUCAUCACUGUAGAGGAGAUGUCUCCUGCCUCUGGCCUGGUCUCCAUAUUGAAAAAGCGGAGUGUUUGUGUGGAAAAUGUGAGCGUAUCUGGUAGCUCUGAGCCUCGACAUGAGAAUCUCCCUGCCAAAAGACGCGUCCGUUUCAAAGUCCCUGAUGAUGGCUAUGAACAAGAUGUUGGCGGUGGGGACUCCUGUCUGCUUCUCUUCCUGCUUUGUCUGGUUACUGUAGUGAUCAGUGUGGGUGGCACUGCCCUUUACUGUGCCCUGGGCGAUUCCCACUCCUCAGUCUGUCAGGACUUUUCCAGAAAUGCCGACUUCUACAUUGGCCAGAUACAGCGCGGGAUAUCUCACAUCCAGCACUGGUUCACUCCUGGGUCGUAGCAGCAAGCAGUUGGUCAACAUUGUGGAGCCACUGGCGAUACAGUUUAUUACUGUAGGUUCCAGCAGUUCCUGCUGCUCCCUGGAACAGUAUUUUUUUAAGGUAAUGGUGCCAGAUGGUUGUUACGGUCUCUGUUGCUUUGUGAAGCAAGUGGUUGUUAUCCUGCCAAACUGGCUAAAUGAUUAUAUCAGAUACGGCUGGCCUUUGAAAGCCUGCUCAGUUAAUAAUAGUAGGUCGGAUGUCCCUUUGCAGUGCUAUUUUGAAAGGGAAAGCAGAGCAGGGAGGGAAAGAAGAUAAUUGGAGAAUGGAGACUGCAUAACAGAGGAAGAAGAACUGACUUAUACCUUUCUCAACCCUGUCAGGAUUGUCAGGAUAUAAAAUUUCAAGCUAUGUUUAUGUGAAUUGAUUGUCCUGUUGAACACAUAAUCACUGUCAGCCAGUGAUACUCACUGGUAGAUCAGCCAUGGCUGGAUACAAACUUUCACUGACACACACUGGACUCCAAGACUCAGUUCCCUCAGUUAAGAAUAAGAACAAAAUUAAAACAGCUUCAACCAACUGAGAUGUAAAAAACUACAUAUGAUGUAUAGUUUGUUAACUGGGGGUUGGGGGCACAGAGGUGCCCUCUCCUCACACUCACUGCACAAAAGAAGUGCCCCAAAGGGCAUUUUAUAAACUGCUGCAACCACUAGUGUAGCUUUUAAUGUUGACUUUUUAAAAUCACAAAAGAAUUUUUAAAAUACGUAAACUAUUCUGUACGUUGCUCCUCUGGGGUCAGGUGAGACAAAAAUUAUUCACUUUAAAUCUGAGCUCUCCAUCACAAAUUUGUGUUCAUGGAUUAGGAGACUAUGUCCAAGGUUUAGCAGUCCGUGCCAGUCAGGCUGCAUUCACUCCUCCUGACUCACAGGUUUUGAUGACAUCGCUGCAUUCUGCGCACAAUCACCUAAUUUUGGUUAGAUUGUUGACUUUGGGUACAGUUUACCAAUCUGUGUGCGGAGUUUUAGACCAUGCAUAUGAAUUUGUAAUCUGAGAGCACAGAUUCACACAUGCUUGUGUGUUUUCUCACCUGACCGCAGGGUGGUCAGCUGGUCAUUCUGUGGUCUACUACUUGGAAUGAAAUCAUUUUGUCUUAAUAAUUGUUUUUAAUCAACCUUUGAAUGAAUCUUUGGAAUGUAAUGUUUGCUUUGUGUCAUCUGUGGGGCAUUUCUAUACUGUCAGGAAAAAAAUAUUAAAAGAUUUAUUUUGGUAUUUAGCAACAUUUAGCUGUUUAUGGACAACAGGCACAUCAAAUAUGUUCCAUGAGGGGAAAAUUGUAUCAUUGCAUAUAACAACUGUGAUGUUAUAUCACACAUUGCAUUUGCAGUGAGCAGUUACUGAAGAUCUGUGUAACAGCUUUACAGCUGUUCUCUACAUGUGCUUUCCCUCCCUUGCACAUAUUUGACGCAAGUGUCCUGUCGCUGCCUCUUUCUGUAUAAGUACCAACAGUGGAUCUGCAGUGAGCUGAUGUCUCUGCCCCUGGAGAAUAAAAGUCCAAGUUAUCUGUUUAUGGAUUCCAGUGAGCUAGAUUUAGCUUUGUGUAGCAUAUGCAACAUGUACGGGAAAACAGUGCACCUCUGUAUAUUGUGAAGAAUGUUUUACAUGUUGCACAAAUAACUGGUACAUUUUUUUUUUAAUAUCUUGCAAUAUUUUUGCAGGCAUUGUUGAGUUGAACUUAACGCAGGCUUUACAUGAUUUAAUCAGACACAGAACGUUUUCCAGACCCACAAACUGGUAUCAGAUAGUAAGGUUCAGUGUGAGAAGUACACACCAGUAAUCAUUUGUAAAUGCCGAACACAGAUAACUUGAACAAGAAAAUUCUCCACUCUUAAGCAUGUCUGACGAGGUGUGGAAUAUUUCAGUAAGAGGAACUGAUAAGUGAGAACUGUAACUGCACAGCUAAUGUUGAACACAAACAGUAUUCAGUGUGUGUUUUUCGGUACAGCCCUUUAUGCUGAUAGGAUCAUUUAAAGCAGCGUUUCAGUACAGCUCUGCCUGCCUGUAUGUUUGCUGUUCUUAGGAGCUCUGGGCAUCAUCCUCAGUGUGUGAUUGUUCACAUUUUUUGCAACUCAGAAUGAUUUUUGCCUUCUUAAAGAGUCAUCUAUUCAACUUUUGCCAUUUUUGUGAGAUGUGUUUUUUAAAAAAAAAAAAGGCUUUCACUUUUUUUCAGCACACUAAUACUUUAACUCUUAUUUCUAAUCAUUUCAAAGCAUUUAUUAGUCUUACUGGGGUCAUUUUGUUGCUUAAUGUCACUGUUUGCUUCGUCAGGCCUCCAACCUUUUUAUGUGAAAUUUCAACAUAUUGCAAUGUUUGGUGUACUGUUAAAUAUUUUCCCUUAAUUAGGUGUAGUAGUGGAUGCCAUGAAAAUAUUUGUAGGAAAAACACAUAGGUCUUAAUUGCCAGGCUCUAUCAAAGAGGAAGAAUUCAAGUGUCUUACCUAUACAUUUAUUCAAGAUAAAACCAUAUUAUCUUUCUCUCGUAGUGCGUCACUCACAAAAAGCUGAAUGUUUGUUUGAGAUAUGAGGUUUUCUCAGGACAUAAGGAAUUGUAGGUUGAUUCUUGGUUUUAUUUGCACAUGUCAUCUGGCUGGUUCAGAUGACAAUCACUCAGAAAACCUCUAAUUUAAUCUUCUAGCUGAUUUUAAUUAUUUAUAAUACGAAGGAUGGUGGGUGUAGGUGGUUAAGAACAAAAGAUGAAUUUGUAUUUUGUGUUUGUUUUUUUCCCACUGUAUUAUUGUCAUCAUACAUCAGACAAGUUUUUCAUCUCUUAAAUUACCAUUUGUUCUUAAGGAGGCUUUGACAGAGAGUUACAUUUCUUAUUUUAUAACCUAACUCUGAAUUGCAUCAUCUGAUCAUUAUUAUAUGUGGUUCAUUUUUAUUUACUUCCCCUCAUUAGUUCCUGAAGAUGAUUUGAAACUUGUGAGUUUGCGGUUUGCUGUCAUUAUCAUUGUCACAAACUGUCAAAAUGUUCAUCUGUAAGCAGAGGAUAUAUUUUCAUUUGUUUUACCCAUAUGGUUAUUAACAGACAAGUAGAAAUGAAUGAAUGAAAAGCCAUUAUUUUUUGUGUGGUGAAAGGCCUUUUAUGAAUCGUUUGAUGAGCUCUUUCAUUUUGUUCUUACAACUUGUAAUAAUGUUAAAAAAAAACCCUCUUCCAAGCAGUUCUCAAAAACGUUGAGUGUGAGCCUCCAUUCUGUCUCCUCUGCAGCAAUACAGACUUGUGUUUUUGUUCACGGUGGGAGUUAAUGGGUUGAACUUGGUUUUUCAGAAAUGAAAAACUGAAACUUUCCCAGCUUCAGUGUACAGAGCUCACAGAUGUGCUGCUCCAAGAGGUUAAGAGGUUGUCUGUCACACUUUGGAUAUGAUUGUUUCUCUCAUGAAGCAAUACAUUCAGUUGAAAGUCCCUUCUUGUCUAUAGCCAGUUUACUCAUCCAAAGCAACAUGUGAACACCACAGUGAAGAGACUAAAACUUCUAAGGGCUAUGGUCACAGAAUUUAAUAUUGUAAUUCUGUAAAACAUCCUGCUGUACCUUUUCAUGUAUCUUUUGAUUAUUUUAAGUCUGGAUUCCCACACAGGAUGCAUGUUUAAAUUUGCUGGAAAUUAAACUUGCCUCAUACAUCUA